GUUCUUCUGAGAAGCUCCUUCUCGACGCACUACCUCUAAAAUCUCUCGGGCCUCUCGGAGCGAUCCCUGUGCGCGUCUGACUUGUAACACUCGGCCCCGCAAUAGCCUAGGCCACAUCGCAAACAGCGAGACGACGCACUGCGCACUUUUCGGAUAAUGCUUGCUAGUUUAAAUUAAUCGUUGAAAAGCGCUAGAGGAUUAUAGACAAUUGUGGAGCGAUUAGAAGAAGUUCGAGCGGCACCAGAGAACAUUACCAGGAGGAAGCUCUUCGACAGCGUUAUUCCAUCAGAGUCAGAUAUGACUGCACAGGAGUGGAAAAAGAAGGGCGAUGAAGAUUUUAAUCACGAAAAUUGGUCUGAAGCCUUAAGUCACUACACAAACGCAAUUAAACUAGUAACAGAGGACAAUGCUGAGAAGGCAGUAUAUUACAAAUUUCGAGCCGCCACUUAUUUAAAUAUAUGCGAUUACGACAGAGCGAUUAAAGACUGCGAUAGUGUGUUAAAAAUAUGUUAUAAUGAUGCAGAGGCACUGUAUCGCAAAUGUCAAGCACUAAAAGCAGUAGGGAGAUUCGAGGAGGCACUUCGGAACGCGGAGAUUAUUAUUUCAUCUAUGCCCGAUAACAAAAUUGUUCAAUCCGUAAUGUCGCAAUUACUUAAAAUUCUACAAGAAUGUCGGGAAAAUGCAAGAAUUAGUACCGAGGUAUCAGAAAUGAUGGAUUUAGCAUUUAACAUGAGAGCAGAUAACCAGAAACGUGAAAACGCUAUGAAUAAUCUGUUUGUGCUCGCACGUGGGAAUGCUGGUGCCGAAGAGAUCCUUAAGAAGGAAGGUGUACACAAACUUGCACAACUUGUAAAAGCUGAAGAGAACGAGAAAGUGACUUGUACCGCGAUUCGUAUUGUAGGAACAUUAUGCAAAAAUAAUAUUAGUCGAACCGAGUUCGUUGUGAAAUAUGUCGGUUUGCUUUGGUGUCUGGAAAUGAUAAACUGUACGUCUAUAAGAAGAGUUAACGCGUCUCAAUACUGUUUACAGAAUAUAUUAAACACUUACAGCGGCAUGACUAAUAAUCCCGAUUCAAAACUUGACAAGGCUUUAUGCAAGAAGUAUAAAAAAGAAAUUUUCAUGAUUCUGUCGUUCUUGUUGAAUAGUAUAACGAGUAGAACGAUAUCAGGUCUUGCUAGAGACGCAUUAAUAGGACUUAUUACGCGCAACAUUCAUUAUACCGCGUUAAACUGGGCAAAACGAUUAGUCGACCUUGGCGGCUUGCAAAGAUUAAUGGAGAUGGCCAGUGAAACGAUGAAAUAUGAAUGCGAAUCCUCGAUGGACAUCACGUCUUCCACGCGAACUAUAAUCAGUGUGUGUUUAACAAAAAUAUAUGAAAACAUGUGGUGUGAAGAUGAUAAGAGAAAAUUUGUCGACGCCAUUGCGGAAUUUAUUGAAGAUAAAUUGCGUUCGUCUGACAUAGACUCUAAUAAAGUGCGCAUAGUACUUGCGAUAACAACCUUGAUAUUCGGCUCGUUAGAUGAUGUUGUGGACGUAAUUAUUUUUAAAAGACUGAUUUCUGAUAUGAUGUUACUAAUGUCAAAAACGAAUGACCUGUUGCAACAGAAAGUAGUUUGCGAAUGUAUCGUCGCCGCUAUAAUCAAAUAUAAUACGGCUAACGUGUUUAUAUGUCGAAAUAUAAAUACAUUAGAGAAUCUGUAUCAAUCUAAGGAUGAUUCAAUUCGAGUUCAAGCGUUAGUGGGUUUGUGCAAAUUGAGUAGAUUUGAUGACAGCUUUUUACGCAAUAGUGCGACCAUCGAUCCAUUCACCGAUAAAGCGACGAAGAAAUUAACCAAGAUUUGCAGACAAUUAUUGAUCAAUCCCAAGAAAGAGGAUGAUACGAUAUGGGCCAUUAAAGGCCUAUCGUAUCUUACUUUCGACGCCGAGAUCAAGGAGAAGUUCAUCGAGGAUCAACGUUCGUUCAAGCGCGUCGUUCAAGUGAUGAACGAACUCGCCAAGACUGGCGAUCAAUCAGUACUCUACGCCGUGGCCACGACGUUGGUGAACUUGUGCAACGCUUAUGACGAUCAGGAACUCAUACCCGAGAUGAAAGAAUUGCUAAUGUUCAGCUCGUAUCACCAUUUUUUCGCGCGAAGUCAGAAACUGAACCACGACGAAUUUGUGACUAAAAGACGGUGCACGUUAGCGAAGGCCGAUGUAACCAGCACUCUGGUAAGUCUCGCUAAAACGGACAGCCAGAACUGCAAAGAAUUAGUAGCCCGCGUUUUCCACGCGAUAUGCAGUCAACAGGAGUUGAGAGAAAUAAUUGUUCAACAAGGUGGCACGGAGGCACUAUUGUCGUUAGCACUGAGUGGCACAGACAAGGGAAAAAAACAUGCUUCGCGAGCCCUGGUCUAUCUAGGACUCAGGAGACAUCCCGAGGUUGCGUUUUCCGGUCAGAUAAUCAUGGAGGUUGUACGGCCGAUGGUAAAUCUUCUGAACCCGGAGUGUUCCGUGUAUGAGAAUAGUGAGACUCUAACAGCUUUGCGCAAUCUAGCUAGUGUCAAUGACCACACGCGACAACGUAUAUUCAACGAGGCAGGAUUUCCGAAAAUCGCUGACUAUAUAAAUUCAAAGCAUUACAUAUUGAAACUCAGGUCCGCGCAACUUCUAGACAAUUUGACAUUAUGCCGUGAAGUUGCUAUUCGAUGUUACAAGCAGGACAAUUCUGAUGUUAUAUCUCUUGUGUCCGAAACAUUGUACGCGGACGAAAAUAAAAAUAUGUAUAAGGUAAAUGCUGGAGUUCUAACGAGGGUCACGGCGAUCAGCAAAUCAACUUGCGAGAACAUUCUCAACACGGAUCCCACGCUAAAAGAACUAAGCAAUUUCCUCGCUAAUUCAGACGGUGAGUUACAAUGUAGGGGUAUUAAAAUUUUGCUAAAUAUAAUGAGAAACUCGAAAGAUGCUGCUGCAAAAAUCAUCGAAACAGACGUAAUGAAAUCACUGAGGGCAUUGAGCAAAAACGAUAACGCGCAAAACAAGGAGGUUAAGGAAUUAGCAUCCCUUGCUUUAGAGAUUGUUGCGGAAUGGGUAACUAAUCAAGAGAAACGUAGCAAAGGAUAUGAAUCGUCACAAAGCAUUGAUAAUAAAGAAUACAUCGAUUAA